AUGAAGUCUCUUGUGGCCCUCUGGAUAAUUCUGAUCCUAAAUAAAACAGCUGUCGCCCAGUUUAAAGAUGGUUUCAUGUUUCACACCUCUAUCUGUAAGGGGAAAAACGGCGGCCUGUUGCCCAUGUUUGGGAAAUGUCGAGGAUACUAUAUUUGCAACGAAGGCAAGGCUGUUGCUGGUUCAUGCGAUGAGUACAGUCGAUUCAACCCCCUAACCCUGCAUUGCGAUGAUGCCGACAAUGUAAUCUGUCCAUACGAAACACCAGAUGACGACGACGAUGCGGACAUGGAUACUUCAGAAGCCGAUACAUUGGAAUUCGACAGUGACGAGAUCGAAGAGCCUCCUAUCUAUACGAAGCCGCCUAAGCAACUGCCUAAACCGAAUAAACAUCAGAUUGCUGAUUUGUGCUUUAGCAAAAAAAAUGGAGUAGCCUUGCCCAAAGCAGGAUCCUGCACUGAGUACUAUAUGUGUAGAUCGAAAAUGGCCCACCUACGCCGUUGCCCAGGCCGACAACACUUCAGUCCAACUCUAAAACUCUGCAUGAAAGCAUCGGCUGCCAAGUGUUCCAUAGGCCAGGUGCAGGUGCAGCUGCAGGUGUCGUCAACGGAAGAGCCCAAGUCUAGCCCCGCCGUAACCGCUGGUCUUUGCUCCGAUGAGAAGCAAGAUGCUCUGGUUCCCCAUCGUAAUGACUGUGGCAAAUUCUUGCUGUGCAGCAAUAUGAUGUUCCUGGUAAUGGAUUGUCCACAAGGAUUGCAUUUUAAUGCCAAGCUGAGGCGAUGCGACUACCCAAAGAUCGCACAGUGUGAGGUACAAAAGAAGCCAACUAAGAGAAAUAAGCGAAAACUGUCAAAGAAGAGCAAGCCGAAAGGAAACCCCUUCUAA